AUGGCAUCAAAAAGAAUAUCGAAGGAGCUCAAGGACUUGCAGAGAGAUCCCCCUACUUCAUGCAGUGCAGGUCCUGUGGCUGAGGAUAUGUUCCAUUGGCAAGCCACCAUCAUAGGUCCAAAUGACAGUCCCUAUGCUGGUGGUGUGUUCCUCGUUACAAUUCAUUUCCCACCUGAUUAUCCUUUCAAACCUCCUAAGGUGGCCUUCAGGACCAAGGUAUUCCAUCCAAACAUAAAUAGCAAUGGGAACAUCUGCUUGGACAUACUCAAGGAACAAUGGAGUCCUGCACUCACCAUAUCAAAGGUUUUACUCUCCAUAUGUUCACUGCUUACAGAUCCAAACCCUGACGAUCCUCUUGUUCCUGAAAUAGCCCAUAUGUGCAAGGCCGACAAAAGCAAGUAUGAGUCUACUGCUAGGAACUGGACUCAAAAGUAUGCCAUGGGAUAG